AGCAGCAGAAGCAGCAGCAUCCAUCCAUUAGCUGAUGUAGCUGCUCAUGGACCAUCAACGUAUCUGUGUCUGCUUUCGAUUUUUAGCGCAACACGAUUCGGCUAAAAAACGUAUCUACGGAUUCUACUCUACGACUACGCUACGUGCAAUUACGGAACAGACGACGACGACGACUUCGAACGGUGAAUGAAUGCGAACGAGUCUUAACAGCAUCAGCAGAGCACCAGCAGAGCACUAGCAUCAGUUGACUGUGAACAGCCGGCUAGCUCUGUCGUGGUAUCGUGAGUACCGUGUUUUUGAUUCAAACAAAAUAUAUUCUUCUGUCGGAUUAUUUAUCUCGUAGUCGUAGUUGCGUAUACGUAAUUAUUCGUCUUCUAAUCGAGAAGACCUUUCGGCAGGUAGGACGCCUAACGAGUACCAAUAUUUUUGUUGUUGCUUUUUUAAAUCGGUAGCGGAUAGUUUGUCAGACUCGUUGACGCCUCGACCGGCCUGGCCCGUCACUCAUCAUUUAUUUUUAAUCCUCGGGCGUGAUGAUCAGAAAAACGGAUUCCCAUCAGGUAACAGAUUCCUUCCUCAGCACGUUACGUUGUCGAUCUUUGUGCGAGGAAGCAUAAUACCUAGUUACAAAAAUUGUGCAUCCAAGUGUGUGGAACGGUUUUAAAUUAUAAAUAUUAGUCAAGUGGAAAUUAUGAAUUAAACGCCCAUCAACGAUUUAAAGUAGAAUACCUACCGUUCAAUUAAUUGUUAACCAGUGAUAUCGUUGGUCGAUCAAGAUUAUAACUAGCGAAGUGGGUUCGGGUGGUGUAAAGUUUCUGAUAUUUGAACCAAACUAAAGGAAUCUCCUUGCAUAUCGAAUUUGAAUCUGUAUUUGAAAAAAAUAUUUAACAAGUCCUUGCCCUGUUUUUAAUCUAUCAUGAAAGUGAUUUUCUGUGCGUGUCUGCUGAUCGUCCAGUUGGCGAUCAGAGGCGGGGCCAUACCCUCCGACGCGUAUCUUAAAAUGUUUGCUUCCCAAUCGUCUGUGGACCCGUGUUACGACGAGGACAAAGCCAGCAAGUGUAUCCCGGACUUUGUUAAUGCCGCUUAUGGCAAUCCCGUCGUCGCUUCGAGCACCUGUGGCCAAAACGGUGCCGUUCGCUAUUGUGACGUUGCGCAGGGCAACGAAGAAACCCAAUGUCAUGUGUGUGACGAUUCGAACUCUAAGCGACGUUUUCCCGCCUCAGCAAUGACCGACCUUAAUAAUCCCAGCAAUGUCACCUGCUGGCGGUCGGAGCCCGUUAUGCCAGCAACAAGCAUAGUUUCACCGCCGGAUAAUGUGACACUCACUUUGUCCUUGAAUAAAAAGUACGAACUGACCUAUGUAAGCUUACAAUUCUGUCCGAAAGCUCCAAAGCCUGACUCGAUCGCGAUCUACAAGAGUUCCGACUACGGCAAGACCUGGCAACCCUUCCAGUUUUAUAGUUCACAGUGCCGCCGAGUCUAUGGGCGGCCAAAUCGAGCAACCAUAAGCAAGUCAAAUGAACAGGAAGCCAGGUGCACUGACGCCCACCGCCACAUGGGCGAGGGCAUGUCCACUCAAGGCACUCGGAUAGCCUUUAGCACCUUGGAAGGACGUCCCUCGGCCAGAGACUUUGACUCCUCGACCGUUCUGCAGGAUUGGGUUACUGCCACCGAUAUUCGAGUGAUCUUUCAUCGUCUGCAGAUGCCUGCGGAACACUUCCAGCAGACAGGACAGACUAAUCAGGACAGCAACGGGAUGACAGCGCCUGCAUCGAGAACCAAAUACACCGACGACUCUCUGGGUUCUAAUGCCAUCGAUCCGCCCGUGAUUACCGUGUCAACUUCGAUGGCCAUCACAUCGAUGGUCGGACAGCAUUAUGCCGUGUCGGACUUCUCGGUCGGCGGACGAUGCAAAUGCAACGGACACGCUUCCAAAUGCAUUACAGAUCGUGACGGAUUACUGACUUGCGAUUGCAGGCACAACACAGCCGGCAGGGAUUGCGAGCGCUGCAAGCCGUUCCAUUUUGAUAGGCCUUGGGGCAGAGCAACUUCUCGAGAUGCCAAUGAAUGUAAAGUGUGCAACUGUUAUGGACACGCCCGACAAUGUCGAUUCAAUAUGGAACUAUUCAAGCUAUCUGGACGAGUUUCCGGUGGAGUAUGUCUAAAUUGUCGCCACUCAACUACAGGCCGGCAUUGUCAUUAUUGCAAAGAAGGUUACUACCGUGAUCCAACUAAACCUCUUAACCACCGUAAAGUUUGCAAACCAUGUGAUUGUCAUCCAAUUGGGUCGUCAGGCAAAACAUGCAAUCACACCUCUGGUCAGUGUCCGUGCAAGGAUGGUGUAACAGGCUUAACAUGCAAUCGUUGCGCACGUGGCUAUCAACAAAGCAGAUCUCACAUAGCACCUUGUAUAAAAAUCCCAAAGGUAGUCAGCAUGAUGGACACGCAAAAUACGGCGCCAGAUCCAAGCCAAGGUGAUCCUAGUGCUCCUUAUCGCACUGAAGGAGGGAGGGAAUGCGAAAAAUGCAAAAUAAACACAAAAAGGCUAAAUCUCAACAAGUAUUGCAAAAGAGACUACGCAAUAAUGGUAAAGGUAAUUGGUCGAGAAACGAGCACAGAAGUGAGCAGCAGCGAACAAUACACGAAGGAAAGCCAAGAAGAAAUGGUCAAGUUCGAUAUAAGCAUCCAAGCGGUAUUCAAAAGGUCCCCGCAAGUAGCAGGCACUUCGAGUACGAUGAUGAAACGAGGACCUAUGACAUGGAUGAUACCAUAUAAAGAUCUGGAAUGUCGAUGUCCAAAAAUCAAAAUUAAUAGAUCUUACCUUGUAUUAGGUAAGGACUCCGAAGCUCCACCUGGUUAUCUAGGUAUUGGGCCACGAUCAAUUGUUAUAGAAUGGAAGGACGAGUGGUACAGACGUAUGAAACGCUUCCAAAGGCGGGCGCGAACUUGCGAAUGAAACAAUAACAAAAACAAAAAUUAUAUAGAAAGUCUAAAUUAAAAUAAAACAAAACAAAAACAAAAAACUGUAUACACUAAAUCCGUAUAUAUAUAUAUUAUAUUAUUUGUAUAUUUAGAUUUAAUUUUAAACUUACAGAAAUAUAUCCACAACGCGCAUUUAUUUAUUUUUAAUACUAUACUUAUUUUUUUGUUUUUUUAUUUUUUUUUAUAAUUCAAUCUAGUUCUUAAUGUAAAUUUAAAAUUCUUUAUUUAUCAAAGAAACAAAAAUAUCUUAAAAUAAUAUUUUAGUAAUAUUAUGGAAAAUAUUUUAAUUAUUACUACAAUAAUUAGCAAUAAGCAAUAUUAUAAACAAAGAACUAUUUAAUUUAAAAGAAAAUAAUUGUGUUAAAUAUACUUAACCUUAACAAUACAAAAAAAAGAUUAUUAUUGCCAUAUUUAAUUUGGAUAAGAAUUUUAGUCGCUAGAAAUAGAUGAAACCGAAAUAAAUAAAAAUGAAACAAAAAUAGCAACAAUAACAAUAAAAAGAAAAACAACAGAAAACCAAAAAUUCAAUCAAUUGUUUUUGUUUUAUUAAAAAAAUAAAAAAUGUAUUGAACUCGAG